AUGAGCCUUUGGGACGCCGAAAUUAUCGCGAUUCGCGCCAACAAAGCGCUCAAGGAUCUGGAAAAGCUAAUUCUUGUGGAGACGACGGGCAUCAAGGAUGAUCGAGAGACUAAAAUGAUGGAAAUUGCGAACCUGGAGAGAGAAGUCGACGCGCUGGACAUGGCCCUGCUUCUGGAGAGAGCGAAGCUUAAGACCUUUGCGGCCGUGGCGGAAGAAACAGAGCCCACCUCGGCUACCGAAGGGCUGCCUCCAUGUCUAAGCUUUAUGUGGCUCAAACGCGAUCCGAGUCCCGACUUGUCAUCCAGGCCCUCUAGCGCCGAAUCCAUUGAGUUUAUUACGCCUUCUGUGGCGUCCACCAGCUGCGCGCCGUGCAAUUUACCACGACGCAACUUGCAACAGCAUCGGAGACUGGCUUCGAACUGGUCGUCGGCCUCGGUCGUCCAAAGCGAUGCGGGACCCCGGUCCCAAGACGAACCGUUCGAGAACCGACGCUGCACGGGGUGGUCGCGGUCGGACGGCGCCGUUUGGAGACCAGCGCCGGAAGAGCGAAGGCAUGCGCGGCUGAACCCGACGACGCACCUAAUUCCGAAUUCUUUCGACCUAAUACCGAACCAUCACGCGAAGGCUGUGUGUGCGAGCGGACCAGAGCAGGUCUCUGCUUGCAGACCCUAUAAAAGAGCAUUAUCCAUCCAGAGAACUCCUUGUCCAGAAGCUCCUAUCCCUAGCGACGGAAUGUACAUCAGUCACGAGCUCUCGUCUGCAGCUUUGUGCGACCCAUACACCAGGAGAUCCCUAACGAUCAGGAACGACACAAAAGCGAGGAGACCCAACAAAACGUUCCCCAGGUUUGUUAGUCGUCCGCCUCUGUGA